AUGCUGACAGGUUCAUGGAAAGAGUUGUUUCCGUGGACUCGUCUCGAAGUCCACCAGCAUGAGCAGCCAAAAGGGCCGGAUUUCUGGAAAGACAUGCUGAUAGGGCCGCAGAGGUGCAGGAGAGUCUGGAGAGGGCCAUUGAAAACGCUUCAAGCAGGCUGGAGACCACUUAGCAGAAGGACGAUGGCACGUCGCAGACUGCGAGACGAUGUGACGGUUGCACUGUAUGUGUCGAAAGACGUGUACAUGAGCAACGUGAUGCAAGAUCUGGGCUUGCUGACCGAGUUUGUAUCCCCGCCAUCGAAGAGGCAGACCGGUAUGGUGGAAACCAAGGAGGAUUGCGUGCGUGUCAACACCAGAAAGAAGAAACGAGUCAUUCCGCCAGAUGGCCUGAUGAAUGCCAUGGAGAUCAUUGAUGAGAGGGGCUUCAAGAUGCAGGCAGAAGCCAAGAGGGAAGUAAGCUGGUACGCCACGACAAGCCGUUAUGCUAUGCGAGGCGAUUGA